AUGCAAGACGUGGGAUCACAAAUGCUUUUACUCGUGGCAGUUGUUAAACUGCAAGGAGUGGCUGCUCGACAUGCAAAGAUGCAGAAGACUACACAAAUGGGAAGACAAGUUAUUAGUAGUGAAAAAUCAACAGAGAGGAUCACAUCAUCAGAGAAAAUUGCAGGGCAUGAAGAUGUACUGAUCACAGAAAUCUUGCUACGUUUACCAGUGAAAUCUCUAUUCAUAUUCAAGUGUGUUUGCAAAAGCUGGCUUUUCCUCAUAUCAAGCACUCGAUUCUGUAACAACCACAGCCGCUGCAACACAAAUACUGCACCCUCAGGCCUCUUCUUUCCAGGGUUAUUUUAUGUUUCUCUUCGAAACAAAAAAAUUGAUCAACAUGAUAACCAUCUAAGGUUUCCUUCUCUUACCUUUUUAAACACCCCAGUUGCUAAAAUCAUCCAGUCUGCAAUGGUUUGUUACUUUGCAGCUCUAGCACACAGUUGA